UUUGUUUUCCUUAGCCGUUAGCAUAUGAAGCUCCUGUAAAAGAUGCCCGUGUGUGUCAUGAUGGCUGAACUUGAUGAAAAGCUGCUGUUGCAGUUUGAAACCCAGGAGCUGGAGGCUCCUGGUGGCAUUGCAACGCCUCAAGUAUAUUCCCAGUUAUUAGUCUUGUAUCUCCUGCACAACGACAUGAAUAAUGCCAGAUACCUUUGGAAACGGAUACCCCAAGCAAUCAAAACAGCAAACCCAGAGAUGGCAGCUAUAUGGGCUGUAGGACAGCGGAUCUGGCAGCGAGACUUUCCAGGCAUCUACUCUGCUAUUGCUGCUUACCAGUGGUCUGAAAGCAUUCUCCCUGUGAUGGAAGCUUUAAGAGAGUCAACUCGUAGGAGGGCAUAUGGGCUAGUGGCUCAAGCUUACACCUCUAUCAGUGCAGAAGACUUUGCUGCUUUUGUGGGAUACUCGGUAGAAGAGGCCGUCAAAGGUGUAGUAAGUCAUGGGUGGCAGGCAGAUCCAAACACCAGGAUGAUCAUGCCACAGAAACCAGAUCCGCCUCCGGUCUCGCUGGUUCCAAACGAACAACAGCUGGCCAGACUUACCGACUACGUGGCUUUUCUUGAGAACUGAUAAGCACUCCGCCCUCUCCCAUCCUCUUCCUCACCUUCUCUCAGAUACUCUGUUUUUCAGAAGAAAGAUUCUGGUGUCCAGGACCCUUCACGAAUCCGGUCCUGUCCAGUGAUGGAACUGCUGUCGCUCUCUUUCCUGUUUUGCUUCUUGAACCCGUCAGCCACAGUGAUAUAGGACAAUUCCCAAAUAGUUUUACAUGUACAAAUCUGCUUUGGAGUAUGCUGUCAAUAUUGUAAAUUAUUAUUUUUUGGCAUAAAUACUUCACUUUAUGCACAUUGUUCUGGUGGUUUCUGUUAGUUUAAUUUUACGUGUCAAACAAAAUCCCUCAUUAUGAUUUGUUCAUAUGCCUGAUGUCAUUUUAUAAGAUUUUAUACAAUUAGCGGGGAAUCAAGGUGGCUUGCAAUACGUCGACCAAAUUUUAAACCAAAUGUGUGUGGGUAUUUUACCUUUCUUAAUCUAGAAAAUAGGCCCAUGCAAGUCUGCAAGUAAGUAGGUUUUUAUGAUUGUCCAGAAAAAAAGAAAAAACCCUUUGUCUUGAAGGUAUUGUUUAGCAGUGCUAACAACCGACAGCUUAUUUUGGGUGGCUCACAGUUGUAUUUAAGAUGUUUUCCACUGUCUGACAAGUGUUUUGUUGACAGUGCAUCUCUGUCUGCUGUUCAGAUGUUUUGCACCGCUUCCUUGGUUUCUCACGCAGAGUGGUUUUGAAAAAGAAGAGGAAACAUACCAGCUGUUGGCUAUCGUCAUGUCCUUUCAGCUUAAGGAUAAAAGCUCCAUAUGUGCUGAAACAACCGACACAUAUGGUACUGUGAGAAAUUAACACCAUUCAUUUUUACUGAUUGUUUGACCUUAAAUGUUAUCUUCACGAUAAAUGUCUUUAGUUUCUUGAAAUGUUAA